AUGGCUCCCACUAACUCUCUAUCUCCUCGAGUUAUUAAACUACCGGGCCAGCGCCUUGCUCGCCUCGCCACGUCGCUCCUCAAACUCCAUCCACUUCACCAGGGUUCCGUCUCUCAAGAGCCUUUGUCAUUCCCUAUAACAGCCAUCUGCAUAUCCGAUACACACAACACACAGCCAGAUCUUCCCCCAGGAGAUAUCCUCAUCCAUGCUGGCGACUUGACGGAAAACGGAAGCUUUGACGAAGUGCAAGCUCAGCUUUCCUGGCUUGCAGCCCAACCACACGAGUACAAGAUCGUUGUCGCAGGAAACCACGAUGUCCUCCUCGACGCGAAGUUCCUCGAGGAGAACCCCGAGCGACGGUAUGGCCAAAGCAAGACUGCGGACGACCUCGAUUGGGGCGAUGUGCAUUACCUCCAGGAUUCCUCUCUAGAACUAGAAUUCCCAAUCGACUCUCAGCAUGCAUCUAGCCCCUCCAAAAGCACGUUGAGAAUCUAUGGCAGUCCAUGGACACCCCAGUACGGCAUCUCAGCAUUUCAGUAUCCAAAGCAUGAGGACAUUUGGUCCAACAAGAUCCCCCCUGAUAAAGACAUCCUCAUCACCCACGGGCCUCCACGCUUGCACCUGGAUAAGCGAGGCUUCCAUCGCGCAGGCUGCCCAUUUCUGGCUCAGGAGAUAGCACGUAUACGACCACGGCUGGUCGUCUUCGGGCACAUCCACGUGGCUUAUGAGCGAGAAGACGUCGUUCUUGAUGGAGCCCAGCGGCGUUGGGAAGAGAUCAUCAAUCAAUGGGGCGGGCUUCGAGCCGCUUUUCGUGGUAGGGAUGCGCUGCUAAGAGCUGAGCGCGUAACGACGUUCGUGAAUGCUGCAGUCGUGGGAGGACCGAAGAAUGAGCUGCAGAAUCAACCUGUUGUUUGUGUGCUUUAACCUUAUAUCAAUUGUUCCGAGACUAUCUCCCCGCUCUAGGCGAAGUCGUUGUACUUCUGAUCGGUUUAGUGCUAAGAUUGACGAUCCCAUUGACCAGAGGGUGCAACUCCAUCUACUAGAGCAUCUGCAUCUGGAAAUGUAGAGUUACUGGUCCUUCCAAGACUCCUUGUUAACUGCCAUUGUGUUAUGAAACUUAUCGAGCUUCUGAGGCGCCCCUAAUGGGGUGAGCGUAGUGGCAAAAAGAGGUCAAGUUCCUACAUUCC